AUGCCGCCUAGACGCAACGUGAGGAACGAGGAACCAUCUUCCCAUGCUUCGGAAGAGCAAAGCGUGACGCAACCAAGACCGCCGUCACCACCUCCACCACCACCUCCUCAAGUGGAUAGGGAAGUCGUGAAACUUUUCCUGGACCAAAAGCCUCCUACCUUUGAUGGGAUGGGUGAACCUGCGAAAGCUGAAACUUGGAUACGAGCCUUAGAGCGCAUCUUCCGAACCUUAGUGUGCAACGAUGCGGAGAAGAUGAUCUGCGUGACACAUCAGCUGACUGGAUCCGCCGAUUUCUGGUGGGAUACUAAGUUAAAGACCAUGCCCCAGGAUCGCAUAGACGGGAUGACUUGGGAGGAGUUCAAGACAGAAGUUUACGAUAAGUACGUACCCAAGAGCUACCGCAAGGCGAAAGCAGCCGAGUUUCACAACCUCACCCAAGGACGUCUGUCUGUAACCGAGUAUGACCGUGCACUUUGUGACAUGAUCCGCUAUGUGCCGGAACAGACCGAUACCGAUGAGAAGCUGGCUGAUAAGUUUCGUGAGGGCCUUAGGCACGAGAUUAGGAUGGCAUUGGCAGUCCGCGGAACCCUAACGUACGCCGAGGCGCUAGCCCUCGCACUGGAUGUAGAGGCAGCAAUGCCAAAGGAGAAGAGUGCGGGGAACACCGCAAUGACAUUACCCCCGCCACGUCCUAACCAUGACAAGAGGAGAUGGGAGGAGAGUAGGAUCCACCAUGACAAUAAGCGAUACCGCCCCAACGGAGGAGGACAGACUUCGUUCAAUCCAAGGAGCGACCCCCGUGCCAGACCACCUCAGUGUAACGUUUGCGCCAAGUACCAUUUCGGGCAGUGUAGAGGACCGAACUCGAAUAGAUGCUUCAACUGUGGAGGAAAUAGGCACUUCUCAAGGGAGUGUCCGAGCAAGGGAAACGGACCAAGGCAGAACCAUCAGGGUUUCCGUCAGCAGCCGAGAGCGCCACCUACGAGCUCGGGAGCAAACCCGAAUCAGCAACUGCGGCUGCAGCAGCCUGUCCGCCCAAGACUUCCAGCCCCGGCUAGAGCAUACGCUAUAGAGCAGAAGCAGCCCAAGACCGAGCAAGGAAAGCCCGAGAGUGGAAACCUGGCAGGUAUAGGCGAAAUCCUUGAUACCCCUAUUGUUGUUUUGUUUGACACGGGCGCAUCUCAUUCGUUCAUCUCUGAGUUGUGUGUGCAUAUCUUAAGCUUACUUACUAGGAAGUCUGAACAUAGGAUGAUAGUGUCCUCACCAGUAGGAGGACUGGUUGAGAUCUCUCGUUUUUGCUUGAACGUAGAAAUCGUACUAGGAGAACUUCAGUUAGUUGCUCACGACCUGCGAGUUAUGACGAUGAGAGACGUUGACGUGAUCCUAGGAAUGGAUUGGUUAACUGCGAACUUUGCAACGAUCCGUUGUAAAGAGAGGCUAAUAACCCUACAAACCCCGGGUAUGGAACCCGCCGUGUACCACGGAAUCUCGAUGAACCAACGAAUCGCUGUAGUCUCUGCGUUACAAGCCACCGCCAUGAUGAGGAAAGGACGCCCGGCCUAUCUUGUCUAUCUCCACGGAGAAGAGAAAGAGGAAGCAAGGCUUGAAGACGUUGCUGUCGUACGAGAUUUUCCCGAUGUUUUUCCCGAGGAGUUACCUGGACCGCCGCCAGAUAGGCAGUUAGAAUAUAUGAUCGAUCUCGAACCUGGAGCCGCCCCCAUAUCGAAGGCGCCGUACCGCAUGGCACCUAAGGAGUUAGAGGAGUUAAAGAUUCAGCUGCAAGAGCUCAUGGACGUAGGUUUCGUUAGGCCCAGUGUUUCGCCAUGGGGCGCACCGGUGCUCUUCGUUAAGAAGAAAGAUGGGUCAAUGAGAAUGUGUAUCGACUAUAGAGAGUUGAACAAAUUGACCCUCAAGAACAAAUACCCUUUGCCGAGGAUAGAUGACCUGUUCGACCAACUCCGAGGAGCCGGAGUGUUCUCUAAGAUGGAUUUGAUGUCCGGAUACCACCAACUGAAAGUACGAAAGGAGGAUAUCCCUAAAACCGCAUUCCGUACCAGAUAUGGUCACUAUGAGUUCGUAGUGAUGCCGUUCGGUCUGACGAACGCCCCAGCCGUGUUUAUGGAUUUGAUGAACCGCGUUUUCCACCCGUACCUAGAUACGUUCGUCUUAGUGUUCAUAGAUGACAUCUUAGUCUACUCGAAGGACGAAAAGGAGCACGCGGAACACCUACGGAUCGCGCUGGAGACGUUGAGGAAGGAGAAGUUGUACGCCAAAUUCAGCAAGUGUGAAUUCUGGCUGAAGGAAGUCAACUUCUUAGGGCACAUCGUGUCGGCAGAAGGAAUCCGAGUGGACCCCGCUAAGGUCGAGGCGGUACAACAGUGGAAGUCGCCAUCGACGCAGAACGAGAUUCGGAGUUUCCUAGGUUUGGCAGGAUACUACCGAAGGUUCAUAGAAGGAUUCUCCAAGAUAGCGAGACCGAUGACCCAGCAGCUCAAGAAAGGAAUCAAGGUGAACUGGACGCCGGAGUGUGAAGCAAGCUUCCAACUUUUGAAGGAGAAAUGA